AUGCAGAUAUCAGACGAAAGGACUUGGAGUUUCAAGUUGGAGAUAAAGGUCGAAAGUGUGGUUUAUCGAUUAGCUUUGCCGCCCGAACUAUCAGCAGUUCACAAGGUAUUUCACAUAUCGAUGAUCAAGAAGUAUAUGCAUGAUCCUGAUCACGUGGUCAAUUAUCAAUUCCUAGAUGUACGUAAAGGUUUUUCUUAUGAGGAAUUACCGAUUAGAAUACUGGAUCGAAGGGUACAUAAAUUACGGAACACGGAGAUUCAACUGGUCAAGGUGCAAUGGAAUAAUCAUGGAGUCGAAGAAGUUACUUGGGAAGAAGAAGAAGUUAAAGACAAAAAUCCGACACUCUUUGCCAAUGCAUAA